AACAUACAAGUUCCACACAUGGUCAGUCGUAUCAGUAAAUUACAGUAAAUGUCUGUUGUGAUUCAAAUCGCGAAUUUGUAUCAGUAAACGCAUAAAUAUACACGAGAGCACCCGUUAUUUUAAAUAAAUAUGUGGAGAAAAAUAAUUCCGGUUUUGUGGCUUCUGAGUUUGGGUGCACAAAGUCGGGAGUUGAAAUUCCCCAAAGGGUUCAAACUAGGGGUGGCGACGGCUUCGUAUCAGAUUGAGGGAGGAUGGAAGGCUGAUGGAAAGGGGCCAAGUGUUUGGGAUACUUUGACCCAUGACCAUCCGGAACUAAUCGCCGACCAUCAAACCGGCGAUGUCGCCUGUGAUUCCUACCAUUUAUGGAAGGACGAUAUUGCCAACUUAAAAAACAUGAAAGUGGACCAUUACCGAUUCUCUUUAUCCUGGCCCAGGAUUCUCCCCAGUGGUUUCUCAAACGUUAUUAACCCAGAAGGAGUCAAAUAUUACAAUAAUCUGAUUGAUGGUCUCAUUGCAAAUAAAAUCGAGCCCAUGGUCACUCUAUUCCAUUGGGACCUCCCCCAAAACCUCCAAAAUCUAGGCGGCUGGACCAAUCCCUUAAUUGCCGACUAUUUCGCAGAUUUUGCAAAAGUCGCAUUCAAACUUUUUGGUGACAGAGUCAAAUAUUGGAUUACAAUUAACGAACCGGCAAGCAUUUGUGUGGAUGUGUAUGAGUAUGAUAUUGGGGCUCCAGCCUUUGUUAGAUCGCCAGGAAUUGGGUCUUAUUUGUGUGGGAAAACAAUUUUGUUAGCACAUGCCAAAGCUUUCAGAUUGUAUGAUACUGAAUUCAGGGCGACACAAAAAGGCAAAGUUGGAAUCACAAUUGACUCGACUUGGGGCGAACCAAAAACUAACCGAAGCCAGGAUAUCGAGGCAGCAGAGCGAGAAAUGCAAUUUGGAUUAGGUUGGUGGGCUCACCCUAUUUUCUCUCCCCAAGGCGACUACCCCGAAGUUAUGAAAACUGUAAUAGCCCAAAACAGCAAAUCUGAAAAUUUUUCCGAAUCACGUCUCCCUCGUUUGAGUUCAGAUGAAGUGAAAUUGAUUCAAGGGACUUUCGAUUUUUUCGGUUUAAAUCACUACCACACUUGGCUUAUUUCUGAUAAGAAAUUUCCUGUGGGUACGUCCCCUUCAUUUAUCAAAGAUAAAGGGACUGAAGUGAGUGCAAAUCCGGAUUGGAAGCCUUCACCAAAAAUUGUUCCUUGGGGAUUUAGAAAGUUGUUGAAUUGGGUCAAAAAAGAGUAUAAUAAUCCUUUGGUCAUUGUUACCGAAAAUGGGUAUGGGGAUGCAGGGGGUCUGGAUGAUAAGGAACGAGUUUUGUUUCUAAAGGAUUUUAUGGAAGCUUUGCUUCUGGCAGUCCUGGACGACGGUUGCAACGUCAACGGUUACACCGUCUGGUCCAUAAUGGACAACAUGGAAUGGCGAAGUGGUUACACAGUUAAGUUUGGUUUGUUUGAUGUCAACUUCACCGACCCUCACCGGUCCAGAACUCCAAAAACUUCGGCCCAAUUCUACCAAACCGUGAUAAAAACACGCACACUUCCUGAAAAAUAACCUGUGUAUCUACAAAAUUAGAGUAGUUUUAUUUCGAGUCAGUGAACCAAAGAAAGGCAAGGGUUGAAGAUGGUAAAAAACAAGAAACGUGUUGGCAGGUAGUCGUCUACCUGCUCAAGACAUUAACAUAUUUUCGGCCGAAAUAAAUUCUUCUCGGAAUAAAA